UUGUGGGCGGGGUGGGGGGCGGCGUGUUGUGGUGUGUGGUGUCGGGGUGACCGUGAAGACACACACGGGUGAGCCGGGGCCUGGCUGGAGCGGCGGGGCGUCGGGGGCUGGAGAGGGUGAGGCCGUGAGGGUGAGUCAGUCGGGUGAGUGCUGCCGCCGCGUGCACACAGCCUGGACCCGCCUGUCCCUCGGCCCAGUGUUGCACGGCAAGGACGGCGACACACCCGGGACGCUGAGUUCCCCUUGGCGGCCCGUCGGUCCCCCAGGCUCCCCCGAGGGCCUGCUGGAGUGUGGCGAUGGGGACCGCCGCGCCCCGGGCUGCCCCGCCAUGGUGAGCGGCGCCUCCUGGGACUCCUGGGGCUCCGGGUCAUCCUGCAGCAGCUGGCACUCGGCGUGUGGACCUCAGGACCCUAUGGGUGACCUGGCCCCGCUGUGGUCCAGUCCCACCCCGGCGCCAUGGCCCCCGCCCCGUGACUCACCAUGGUCUUUGCCCCCGGGGCUGGCCGCCGCCCCAGCCGAGACCUUCCACGUGGUGCGGGCAGCCCGGGCGCGGCGGCCCUCCGUGGUGGCGGCACUGCUCAGCCUGCAGGAGGCGCCCCGCCCUCUGCCCCGCUCCGCCUCGGCCCCCACCCACCAGCAGCUUACUGUGGACGCCGCGGCCUUCACGCGGUACUAUGAGGGCAGCGUGGUGGGCCCCGGGGACGUGCCGCAGGACCCGGGGGCGCCGGAGCCCGGGACUGCCCCGUGCGGCGGCCCGCUGGCCUCUCUGGCCCUGGCCCUCCCCGGCAGGGUAGAGGGCCUCGUCAAGCUGCUGGCCCACUCCCUGCACCUGCUGCUGGCGGCAGUGUGUUCCAGGAAGGCGCGCCGCAGGGACCGGGAGUGCUCGGCGGCGCAGGAGCAGGAGCACAAACUCUACCUGGAGGAGGCGGUGCUGGAACGAAAAAUCCCCGAGACUGACCUCCGCCAGUUAGUGGAGCUGCCGCCGGGCCUGGGCUACGAGGAGUGGCUCGCCUCCCACACCAUCGACUUUUUCCAGCACAUCAACCUGGUGUAUGGGACGGUGUGUGAGUUCUGUACGAUGGGGGGCUGCCCAGACAUGAUGGGCCCCGCCACCCGCCAGUACCUCUGGUUUGACGAGAAGGGCAAGAAAACGAGAGUGGCCGCCCCACAGUAUGUUGACUAUGUCAUGACCUUCACGCAGAAGACCAUAAACGACGAGUCAAUCUUCCCAACCAAGUUCGAGAAUGACUUUCCAGUGUCCUUUGAGUCCAUUGUGAAGAAGAUUCAGCGGCUGCUGUUCCACGUGCUGGCCCACCUCUACCACAGUCACUUCCGUGAGGUGGUGCUGCUCAACCUGCAUGCACACCUCAACUGUAUCUUCGCACACUUCAUCCUCUUCAAUGACCGCUUCAGACUCAUCGAGGAGAAGGAGACGGAGAUCCUGCAUGACCUGGUGGUGGCCCUCAGGCUGCACCCAGAGAGCCAGGGCCCUGCCCCCUCCCCGGGCCUUCCCCCCAGUGGGGAGUGUCCCGAUUCCAUGGCUCCCACCAGGGAGGGAGAGAGUGCUGCGGGCACUGCGCCCUCGGAGGAGCAAACCAAUAAGGCAGAGGAUGGGGCAGCGGUCAGUGAGGGUAGCGGUGGCGGGGCGGGGGCCGGGGCUGGGGCCGAGGAGGAUAAGUCUGGGGCAUCUGAUCCGCCCCUCACGGCCGGGGAGACACCGGACACUCGGCCAUAGUUAUUCCUCACGCUAGUAAACCAAUGUGUGCGGGUGCCCUAGCCCCGCCCUGCCCCACUGGGGGGUCUCCACACACGGGACGGCACCUUAGCCUGCCCGGGUGUGGGGCCCCGGGGGCCAGCCUGGGGCCUCGUGGGGUGUUGUGUACAUAAGUGUUGUAAAGUCCUUAGAUCAUAACUAUUGCUAUACAAAAUACUAUUUAUAUUUAUCCUGCGUUAUUACAGAGCACACACUCACCAUGAAGUGCAUUGUUCCCCGCCCGGGUGGCCAUCCGGGCGCCCCGGCCACCCUCGAGAGAGUCUGGAUGCAAACUUUAUUCUUGUGAUUUCAAUUUUUCCGAAGGAAGAUAUUCUAAGAUAAAGUCAAGGUCUGGUUGGUGGAGGAACAGCCGCGUCUGGUUCCCGGGGCGGCCCCGGCCGGGCCCCCGGUGGGGCUGCCCCCCCCUGUAGGUCUCUGAGUCCUCACUAGUCCACAUGUGAUGCGUCUGUUAGUUUCCACAAGCAGUACAAACUUCCCCAGAAGUGUUUUAGUUGUGGUGGAGGGGAGGCCCCGCCACAGUGUUCCUUGUGUUGGCUCCACCCUCGGUGUACUUAAUGAUAGUGAGCAUGAGUCAUGAGUCACUACCAGCGUACCAACACAGCAGGGAAGCCCUGCUGACCUUACCUCAGCAACCUGGCAGGCUUAAUUACUACUGUUGGCUUGUGUGUGUGUGUGUGUGAGUGAUUGAGUGUGUGUGUGUGUGUGUGUGUGUGUGUGUGUGUGUGUGUGUGAGAGUGAUUGAGUGUGAGUGUGCAUGAGUGAAUGAGAGAGAAAGAGAGAGGUUUGUUUUUGGGCACAUAUUCUUGCUGAGUUGUGUAAUUAGCCAAAGUUUAACUAUGAAAAAAAAGUGUAAUUAUAAUGAAAAAAUAUUGCUUGUUAUUUUGGGUUUUUUAAAACAAAAUUGAUGUAUGGAUGCUUGUGUAAAAUGCACGUAUGCAUGCAUAUGCAUAUGUGUGUGUGUGUGUGUGUGUGUGUAUGUGUGCAAGUGUGUGUGUGGGUGUGUGAGUUCAUAUGUAUAUGCAUGCAUGUGUGCGUGCCUGGUCUGGCUUGACAGCCCACCUUAUACUUGAUGCUUGAGCGUGUGCGGGCAGAGUGUGCACCAAUGUGAUUAUUUAUUUUUGUGUUGUGAGUGGGCGGGGGGCGGGGGGCAGCGGGCUGAGCUAGUAUACUGUAUAUGCUGAUCAUGUUGUUUGCCUACUGAAAAUAUUAUCUGAUGGCUGGUAUAUUCUUAUUUGAGCUGAAAUGAGAUGUAUAUAAUGCAGAGUUGUUAUGAUAAUUCUAGGUGUAAGAACUGGGUGGGAUGGGCAUUUGGGAAUGUGUAUGGGCAGGAGGGAGGCAGGGAAAUAGGGCCUUGCCACCUUCACUGCCCACCCACACCCUCUGUACUCAUCCUUGGUUAGACAGCCAGCAUAUCAUACACCCCCUGUGUCACCCCCUCCCUUCUCCUCCACCCGGCCUCUGACAAGGUUGGCGUGGCAGGUUAAGGCGCUCAGGAACGGCAUGACCACCAGCCACCUGUGCCCGCCCUCCAUCACCUGUGUGGGUCUCUCAGUGGGCAGAAAUGUGGGCGUGAUGGAAAGGUGAAGGUGUGGUGUGUCCCUCAGCAGCUGCUUGGCAUUUUUUAGGGCUGGUUCCCCCUUUUAAAAUACACACACACAUAUAUAUAUAUACACAAACUACUACUGUCAUUUUGUCAGUUAUCUCAUUAAAGGAGGACUAAUGACAUGUUUUAUUGUGCUUCUUCCCUCGUUUUGCAACCACCACGUGUUUGCACAGCCUGAGGGGGAGCGGAUUGGGCAUUAAAGUAAAGCACACUACAGCACACACACUUAACACAUAGAUCUUUACAUUCGCCACGUUUUCUGUUCUGGUUUCCUUCAUGACAGAGAGGGCAGGGCAGCAGGCAGCAGCAGGGCGGGAAGGUGGCACAGGGAGUGGGUUCCUGGCACCACCUGCCUGGCAGAACACCUCUUGUGAUAAACUUUAUUGAAACAGGAAAAUGUUCUAAGAAUUAAUUAAUAUUGCAAAAUAAAUAAAAAUACUUUGCACUGACAA